UUUUUUAAGUAAAAGAGGGAGAAAUUGAAUCGCAGAGCUGUUUACUCCGCCGUGACAUGACGAGCAGCGCCACCACGACCACCGCAUUUCUUUCAAAGCCACACACGAUGCUGGUCCUCAGAUCGGCAAUUCUCUCCAGGCUCCUCCUCGUAGCCCUGACCCUCAUCUGGCGCACCCUCCUCUCCCCUUACGACACCUCCGCUCCUCUCAACCCUACAUGCCUCACCCACCACCGCAGCCAGGACCUCAACCCACCCAUUCUCUUUCCCUCGCUCGCCUCCGCCAUUGAAAAUGGUGUCGUCUGGGACUCCGUCUACUUCCUACGCAUCGCCCAGUGCGGCUACGAGUACGAGCAGUCCUACGCCUUCCUCCCCCUCCUCCCCCUCGCCAUUUCCUUCCUCUCUCGCACAGUUUUUGCGCCGUUGGUGCCGUUAAUCGGAUACAGAGCGGUGCUGGGGCUGUCCGGCUACGUGAUCAAUAACAUUGCCUUUGUAUUGGCGGCGAUUUAUUUUUACAAGCUUUCAGUUAUUAUUUUGAAGGAUCCUGAAGCCGCAUUGCGUGCUUCGAUUUUGUUUUGCUUCAAUCCGGCUUCGAUAUUUUAUUCAUCAAUAUAUACGGAGAGUUUGUAUGCCCUGUUUUCGGUUGGAGGGUUAUACCACUUAGUAACUGGUGGAAAUAGUGUUGCUGUUCUUUGGUUUGCUCUCUCUGGUUGUGCGAGGUCUAAUGGAGUGCUUAAUGCUGGUUAUUUCUGUUUCCAGACAUUGCAUCGGGCUUAUGAUGCUGUGUUCAUCAAAAAGCGUGCUUAUUUGGCAAUACAGGUCCUUAUUGCUGGAGCUUUGCGUUGCAUAUGUAUUUUCACUCCAUUUAUUGCUUUUCAAGCAUAUGGAUACUACAACAUCUGUCUAGGACGGUCCUCAGAUGAAAUGAGGCCCUGGUGCAAAGCAAGAGUACCUCUACUGUACAAUUAUAUUCAAAGCCAUUAUUGGGGGGUAGGUUUCUUGAGAUAUUUUCAGUUAAAACAGUUGCCGAAUUUUUUGCUCGCCUCCCCUAUAUUGUCUUUGGCACUUUGUUCAAUUGUCUAUUAUGCAAAGUCAAGGCCUGAAAUCUUUUUCUCACUGGGAUUUCGAGCUUCUAUUGAGGAAAAGAAUUCUUCAGCUUUGCUUUUCUCUCUGGAGUUAGUUCCAAGAUCAAAUAUUGCUCGUAUUCCAGAGGAAUCUUCUUCUAAGAUGCAAGAAUAUCACAAUCUUCGACAGAGGAAGCAUAUGGCUAGGGGGGAUCCUGUUGCUCUCUUGCCAGAAAAUGAUCCGUUAGUGAAGCUGGGAUACUUAUCUGUCUCUGUUCUCCCGCUUAUUCUGCACUUAGGAUUUAUGGUUGCAACAGCAUUUUUUGUCAUGCAUGUGCAGGUGGCUACACGCUUUUUGUCUGCCAGCCCUCCCCUUUAUUGGUUUGCCUCUCAUUUGAUGGUGUAUCGGAAGAAAUGGGCAUAUCUGAUUUGGGCAUACUCUGCAGCCUACAUCCUUCUUGGUAGUCUACUAUUUUCAAACUUCUAUCCUUUCACAUGAUAAGCUACAUUGUGUACCUCUUUUCACGGGGGCUAAGAGCUUUUCCAAGUGCCCAUUGGUUUGUGCCAUUCUCCUCGGUUGGAUUGUGUUCGUGCACUGAAUGCUAGAGUUAAAAUCAAGUUCUAUAGUCUUAUCAUUGUAAAGCGUGAUCGCUUUGUUUUUGUAGAUGAUUUUUUGCAUGUAAAUUAGUCUCAGACGCAGCAACAUUAGUGACAAGAUUUGUGUAGCUGUUCCUGAAUAUUUGAGAUGAAACUUAGUUGAAUUA